ACGCACGCUGUAUUGCUGUUUGUUUUUUUAUUUUUAUUUUAUUUUAUUUUAUUAUUAUUAUUAUUUUUUUUGUUGAUAGGGAGUUCCCGAGGUCUUUAGAUAGGAUUUAUCUAUAUAUACGAUCUGAACAAACUUCUCACAGAUAAAGAUAUCUAGUGAACCCCGGACCUGACACAGAAGUGGACUAUGGACAUAUUUGUUCAUUGCAUCUGAUGACUAAACCAGAAAAAUAUUGUGAAUUGAGUACACAUCCGUAUGACGAUAAAUCUAAGAAAACGGAUCUUGAAAUAAAUAGGAAUUUUCUAUCUAUUUAACCAAGGCGUAAGCCUGUUGAAUAUUUCGUAAUGCACCAAUUUCGUGCCUCGGAUAAACCAUUUGUUACAUAUUGUGCACUGUUUGUUCCCUCUAAAUCAUUCAAUACAACACGAUACCUCGUUCAGUUAAAAGCGUGUAAUUUAUUUAUACCGCUGUUUUCUGACUGUGCAUCAGUAAAACCGUUUGUUUAUUUCCGGGAUGAUGGAAGUGAUUAAAUCUAUACAACAAGAAACAGGGAAGACAUUAUACAAGUACACAGGGAAGUUUAACCCCCCGUAUACAGAGUUAUAACUGAAUAGAGCUGCACGACCAUAACACUAUACUAUUACAGUCUACAAUGGUGAGUGUUUUCUGUACAGGUGCGUGACAUGUUUUAUUAUUCAUCAGGAAUUCAAAGAACAACACGACCUACUUCGUGAUUAUCUAACCACUAAAAUAUGACAGAGGUUGGAUCCACCACCCGCAAUCUUAGAAAACUCUUGACGGAGAUUCUGGAAACUGAGAGGACCUACGUAAAGAACAUUGACAUUCUGGCUGUGCGAUACUUACGCCCUCUGUCGACGGAAACGUUUCUCACAACGAUGGAGAUCCAGCAAUUAUCUGCCAGCUUACAGGAGAUAUUGAAUGUUCAGAGAGACUUUCUACAGAGUUUAGAAUCAGUGAUGGCAAAACACAGGGAUGUGUACACGUCAGAGGACAGCCGUAUAGUGAGGGUAAUGAUACUGCGUGGUGUGUUCUCGAGUUUGCGUCCGCAUGGCGUUAAACACAUAAACAGCACAAUCUUUGCUGUCGGAGGUGUGUUCUUAAUCUAUGCUGAGCAGUUCAAGAUUUACAGCUCCUUCUGUGCUCUGUAUAGCAAGGUUAAGGACAUUCUGAAUGCAGAAGGAAACGAUCAGUUACGUCACUUCCUUGAUGACCAGAACGAGACUAAAGAACACUCGCACAGUCUGGAGUCGUUUAUCAUUCAACCCGUCCAAAGAAUUCUCAAAUAUCCUCUGUUUUUGAAACAGCUGUCUGUCCUCACUGACGAGGGUUCCGAUGAACACCACCACAUUUGCAAAGCUUGUGAUGAAAUGCAAGGACUCGCAAACCAUAUUAACGACAUGCAGAAAUUGAAUGCAGAGUUUGGCGCCUCCUUCCGGCAGCUAUCCUCGGAGGAUCCCAGUAUUCGAGACUUUUACUCAGAAAGACCCCACAGGAGUCACGCUGCUAACAACAUCCCGGUUAUCAAAUCCGGCUUCUGUACCAAAGAGGGCGCUAAGAUGAAAAGUUGGAAGAGAAGAUUUUUUGUCUUGAAUGAAUAUGGAUUGUUUUACUAUGUCUCCAAUGAGUCGACAGAGCCUUUGAAUCACAUUCCACGAAAUGAAAUGCAGCAUGUGAGAGCAAGCACUGUAAAUAAACGCACUGGCGGUCUUUUCGGCAUGUUUGAGUUACACACAGAAAACCGAACUUACUUCAUUGAGUCCGACACGCCGGAUGAAGUACAUCUCUGGAUACAGUCCAUAAAAUUGAUAUUGCCUCAAAAGCGAAGACAGACGACCAUGUUGAAUCAACGAGACAGUAUAUUUUAUACGCCCGCUGGUUAUCUAAGUACUAUCAAAUCAGGAUACUGCACCAAACAGGGAGGAAAGUGGAAAAGCUGGUUAUCUCGAUAUUUUGUGGUGAAUGAGGAUGGAAUAACGUACUUUACGUCUGAGCAGUCAGUUGAGGCGUUGAAAGUGAUUCCGAAGCGAGAUGUCCGCGGAGUUCAGGAAAUUUCCGGGUCACAGUUCGGUCGAGAAAAUGUGUUUGAAAUCCAUACGUGUUGUAGAACGUUUUACAUUCAGUGCGAGUCCCACGAAGACCUCUGUGAAUGGGUGUCCGCCAUAAGACGCAUUCUACCUCAUCCCAAAAUACAGCUGAACGUUGGAGAGUUGAUCACCCACGGCGCUGUCGAAUGGUGCAAUAUCACAGAAAUUAUUGGCAGAAAUACGCAUGCGAGUGGUGUCAUCUCCUCGCUGUUCGUUUUCCGGUCAGGUCUCGUGAUAAUCUGCAGACAUAAGAAUUCAGACGAAGAAAAAGCUGGUGACCGUGGAGAACUAGAUAUCUUCCGCUCCCUGGUUCCCGCAGGAGAUAUCAGUUUGGAUGUCAGCACAGAGGACAGCGAUUUCCGUUAUCCGUGGAGCAUAACACAACCUUCCAUCGA